GGCCAACACUGCCACUACACUACAGACUGCAUCGGGCCCUUCUUCUUCAAAAAUCUGGAUUGAGUCACGCAUCAUCAUCAUCAUCAUGUGUCAAAAACUUUCGCAAUUCCCAAAAAAAAAAAGCGUUUCCUUUUAUAAAUUGGAUACAGAUCUCAGUUUCUUUUACGAAAUUCAUUCAACCAUUUCCCUCAUUUUUCUCGGGGUUCUUUGCAAAGUAGACGAAUACUACUGAAGACAGAGAAGAAGAUGGUGCUGCCGAUGGGAUUGAGUGUGCAGUGCAUAAUGGAUUUGGUGGUGGCAGGGAUUUCCUUGGUGAUUGGUUUGGGUUUUUUCGCUUUCAUUGCUUCCAUUCUUUGUUCUGCUGUUUUCAUUUACAACGUCAAGCAUGUCUCUUGAUUCGUCUCUCCACCAUCCAAUGGUGUUUCUACUUUCUAAUGAAGCGUUGCGGAUACAAUGUUGAUGACUUGUUUCUUGCUGAAGCUGCUGCUUUGUGACUGUUGUAGGCAUGAGCGGCACAGCGACAGAGUGCAGUUGUGUUCUUGCCUUGACGCACUUGUAUUUAUCAAAGAUUUCUGUAAUUCCUCGUGUUUAAUAAUAAAGGAUAAAUUUGGUUAA